AAUCCACUCCAGAGUUUAGCUUUCACCGAGGUAUGGGAAUGGAAAAUUUUCAGAGGAGAGAGGGGGGGGGGGGAAGAGAACAGCUACGAAAAUUUUCCAUUACAGAAAAUUUUCCGCUCCACAUCACUGCUAAACACACAGAGCAGUGUCUCAUUUCUCAUUAGGAGCUAGAGAGAGACUGGAAGCCUUUUGUAUCGAAAUCAGUUCAGUUUUUGAGAGGAUACUGUGUGCUUUUGGACUGUAUUCUGAAUUAAUCAUCAUGCCUAACCAGAAAAAAACUGGUGUGUGGCACCACUAUAUAGAAAUCAUUGAAGGAAGAAAGAGAGUUGGUCAGUGUAAAUACUGUGGCCAGACAUACGCGAAUAAUGCAACAAGGAUGAAGAGGCAUCUGACAAUAUGCAAGAAUUGUCCGGAAAGAAUACAAUCCUCAUACAAGAAGCUACUGCAGUUAAGUGCUGGAACAACAUCUGGGAAAAGUCUACUUCAGGAAUUAAUUGAACUGGGUAACUCAAGUGAAACAGCGAAUUUGCCAAACAUGAAAACUGAAAGUGUUGCGCUGCCAGCUCUGGGGAAGGGAGAAGCAGCAGGACCAUCUUUUUCAAGGUCAGUGACACAAGAUAUGCCAUCUGUAGGUAGCCACUCAAGACAAUCAGAUUUUUUAGCAAACUUUGUGGACAAAAUGUCAAAGGAAGAUCAGGAAAGAGCAGACGAGGCGUUAGCUCGAGCUAUAUUUGCAAGUAGUACGUCUCUUUCCAUAGUUGAAAAUCAAUACUGGAAGGAUCUUUACAAGCUGAUUCGCCCAUCAUAUAAAUUGCCAUCCCAUUAUCGCUUAGCACAUCCUCUUUUAGACAGAGAGUACAACAGAGUUCAAACAGUGGUAGCUCAAAGGAUCAGCCGAGCAGAAUCGCUGACACUCAUGCCAAAGAGGUGGACUAAUACACAAGGAAAUUCUCUUCUCAGCAUUAUGUUUGCAACACCUGAAGCAAUAUUCCUCAAAGCAAUUGCUACCAAACCUUCUCAUCAUACUGGUGAAUACAUAGCCAACAUACUGGGUGAAGAGAUUGAGCGUGCAGGCCCACCCAGGGUACAAGCCCUUGUAACCGACAAUACGAGUAGCAUGAGAGGCGCAGGGGAAAUAUUAAAGUCAACGUACCCACACUUAAUAGUAUUUGUCUGUUCUGCUCACGGGUUGAACCUUCUGGCAAAAGAUAUCUUAAGUGCCAGUACGAUGAAAACAAUAUUUGCAAACGGCAAAGCUAUUGUGAAGGUAUUCAACAAUCACCCAAUAGCUAAUCAAGCACUGAAGAAAUUACAGAAAGAGAAGCAGGGGGAGGAAAAUGCCCUUUUAUUGCCAUCAGAAACUAGAUGGAGCUCAGCUAUCAAGUGUUUAGAGAGCCUGUUGCAUACAAUGAACUGUUUGCAGCACGCUUCAACAGAAGAAACGCUAUCCCAGAUUAUUCCUCAGAACAUUCGUAAGCAGAUUCUUGAUGACGUGUUUUGGGUUAAAGUUCAAGAUGCAUACAAUUUGCUACUACCAAUUUCAGAGGCUACUAAGAAGCUUGAAGAUGCACCAAUCCUUUCAUAUAUUCCAGAGAUGUUCAGAAAGCUGAAUGAAAAUCUAAUUCAGCUUUUGCCUUCUUCGCCUCUCUCUAAAGAAGAGGCGGAAGUAAUAAAGCAAGGAUUUACUAAAGUAUCUGAGAUAUGCUCCCAUCCAGUUCAUCUGGCAGCAAAUCUACUGGACCCCCAGCACUGUGGACAACAUUUAUCAGAAUCUGAUAUAGCCACUGCUCUUGAUAUAAUUAUGGAACUAGCUAAGAACAUCCCUAACAUUAAUGAAAGAGCUGUGAUGGCAGACAUUGCUGAAUAUCGUGCAAAAGAGAAACUUUGGAGCCAAGACAUUGUUUGGCGGGCAUCUGAGGCUGUUUCUCCCCUCACAUGGUGGAAGGGAUAUUGUAACACCCGGCAAUUGUCCAGGAUUGCUGUAAGGAUCUUCAGCAUUCCACCAACAGCCACUUCCUGUGAACGGAAAUGGAGAACUUUUGACGCAAUCAAGAUAAAGAAGAGGAACAGACUGACAAAUGAACGCACUGCUAAGCUUGUUUCUGUUUCUCUCUUGCUCCAGCAGGAGAACCAGUUACAAGCACAACUAGUGAACAGGAUGAAGUGUGAUAAAUUGCCUAUAGACUCGUUGCAGAUGAAAUCAUUGUUCGGUGAAAGAGAACGUGGCUCAACAAGUUCUGAGUCAGAUUCACCUCCAUUUGGAGUGGAAUUCACAAGAAGUGAGAGUGCCUCUACAGGCAGUGAAACUGAAGGAUCCCCUCAAUGAAAGUAGAUCGAAGGACUACAGUGACCUAUCAUGCACAGCUCUCGGUGGAACAGUUUUCUCUACAUUCAUGAUUUCCUCCUUCAAAUUUAAACAAUGUAAGGGAAGUCAAUACUUUUUAGUUCUUGAUGUCUAAAAAUAUUUACAAGUACCCUAAUCAAAAUAAUUUCCAGAUAAAGCUUUGGAUUUUUAGAUAUAUAAAUAAAUAGUCUGUAUUAAAUAUUUUUCCCUAAGUAAAUAUUGGAAAAUCAUUUGAGUUGUUCAUAAAACAUUCAGUUCUGAAAAGAGAAGUGUAAUGUCUUCUGAUUUCUGGAGUCCAUGAGGUGUGGAAACAGCUUGUUCCUGAUGGGCUCUCACUUUCCUGGAAAAGACACACCUGUAGCUUUGGAUUGCUCCUAGAUCCAACGUUAUUUCUGGAGAUUCGGGUAACCUCAAUGGCAAAAGGUGUCUAUUUCAAGCUACACCUGGUUACCUAGCUAUGGCUCGCUUUGGACAGAGAUGACUUGACCACAGUACUCCACCCAGCUCUUACUGAUGCGUUUUAUGUUUAUACUGUAAUAUUGUGGUUCUUUUAGCCUGUAUAUUGCCUUGUGGUGUUUUACAUGAAAGUGCAAUUUAUAAAUUUUAAAUAAAAUAAACAGAACUCUAACACCGGUUGGCAGUUUGUUUCCAGAACCCAAUUUAAGGUGCUCAUAUUCAUGUUUAAAGCCCAGCAUGACUUAGGCCCCAAGUAUCUAAAAGAUGACCACCAUCCCUACUUUUUAAAAAUUAGGAUCAGCAGAAGCAGCUCUCUUCAUAGUUCCACAAUCACAAUUGCAAGGAAUGAUGGCUUGGGAGAGGGCUUCCUAUGUGGCAGCCUCUAAAUUGAGGGACUUCCUUCGGACAGAGGUGCAUCUAGCAUCUUCUUUGUAUAGCUUUCUUUGUAUGAUACACCUGUUUACACUGGCCUUGGAUUCUUAAGGUAUUCUACUCUGUGGGUCCCACCACUUUUACUUAAUUUAAACUGUCAUGUUCUGGCUAGAAUGGUUUUAUCUGUUUUUUAUCAUUUCAACUACUAUAUCUGUUUUUAUAAUUGUAUAUUAUAAAGUCAUCUUGAGACCAUAUGGUAGAUCAGAUGCCAAAGUAUUAAGUGUCACGGAGGAAAUUCUGAUUCAAUUUUUUCUGUAAAACCCACACCACUGUCUUCAUUGCUGAUCCUAACACCCAUGUCAAGUAAUAAAUGCAAAAUAAUAGCCUGACAUUAAACUAUGAGGACAGUGA